AUGAAGCCAACAUAUUUUCCUUAUCCUCAUUGGAUUGCACUAAUUUUACCUCGUAUUGGAGAAGAUGAUGAGGGAAUCAAUGAAUAUGUUGUUGAUGAAGAAGAAGUUGAAUUUGAUGUUCAUAUAGGAAGCCGCUAUUCAAGGAAUGACUAUUUCUCCUCCAAGAAUGAACUAGCACAUUCGCUUCUCUUUGACUUCUACUUCAUAAACAACUCCCUAGCAGAAGAUAUAGUCCAACACAUAUCAUAUCCAUCUCAAAUGGAAUCUAUUGAUCCGAUGACCCAAGAUGUCAAUAAUGAUGAUGAUGUAUUGAUUGAAGAAACUCCUCCUGCCUCUCUAGGUGAUGAUCAAACUCCUCCACCUCCACCCAAAACUAGAAGUUCCUCAGCAGCUGGUGGAUCUUCAGCUCCUCCUGCAAAGAAAUGCAAUUUAAAAGUUGAUUUGGAAGACAUAAUUGUAGACGGGUGUAUGACUAUUGAGGAGGUUAUAGAAAUUAUGUUGGAAGAUAAUACUUUGGUUAGAACAAGAAGAGAUGAAUGUCAAACUAUCAAAAUUUCUCAUACGCUUGCAUCCACUGAUGCUCAAGAGACCAGUAUUCAACGUUUGAAUAUUGAUGUGGCCAAGCAAAACAGAGUCUUUGAGUUGAAGGAUCGAAUCAACCGGAAGAAAUUUGAAAUUUUUGUUAGUCGAAGAUAUCAAACUAAUCCUAUCAUCAAAUUUAGAUGCACCAAACCCAAGAAUAAAUUACUCAAGAUGCAUCUGGCCAUGAAGAAUGUUGAGUAUGAAUACACUAAAGCUAUAUUUGCUCAUGCUCAGGAGGUACAAUUGGCAAUUCAACACAAAAAUGUUCAUGCUCAGGAGAUAAAAUUGGCAAAUGUGUUCAUGCUCAGGAGUUCUCGACGUCGACAACUUCUCCCACCUCCGAGGUUUCUCUUGGUGUUGGCGCCUCCCACCUCUGACCUCCGUCUAGCCCCGCCCCACCGUCCAACGCUUUCCAGCAACACUCAGUCGAUGGAGCCCCUCCUCUCCGGCAAUCUCACCUUGCCUGCCCUUUCCAGCAACAUGAGGUCCGAUGACCUUAGGGUCACUGCUUCUAUUGCUCAAAUUUACAAGCCCUAUGUCUUAUUAAGGUGCUCAAGAACAUUGACAUCCGAUCUCAUGAAAUUCCUGAAGUCAUGA